AUGCAGGACAAGAAGCCAAUUGCUUUCUUUAGUGAAAAGCUUGGAGGAGCCACUCUCAACUAUCCAACCUAUGACAAGGAACUCUAUGCCUUGGUCCGCGCCCUGCAAACUUGGCAACACUACCUCUGGCCAAAGGAGUUUGUCAUCCACACAGACCAUGAAUCUCUCAAACAUCUCAAGGGCCAACAAAAGCUCAACAAAAGGCAUGCCAGGUGGGUUGAAUUCAUUGAGACAUUCCCAUAUGUCAUCAAGUACAAAAAAGGUAAGGACAAUGUUGUAGCCGACGCAUUGUCCAGGAGGUACACUCUUCUCUCAACUCUUGAUGCUAAACUCUUGGGCUUUGAACAGAUAAAAGACUUGUAUGCUUCUGAUUCUGAUUUUGCUGAGAUUUACAAGUCUUGUUCUAAAUUUGCUUUUGGCCGAUACUUUAGACAAGAUGGGUUUCUCUUCUAUGAGAACCGCCUUUGUGUGCCUAAUUGUUCUUUGAGGGAUUUGUUUGUCAGGGAAGCACAUGGAGGAGGCUUGAUGGGACACUUUGGUGUGGCCAAAACACUUCAAGUCAUGAGGGAUCAUUUUCAUUGGCCGCACAUGAUCAGAGAUGUGGAGAGGAUUUGUUCUAGAUGUGCAACUUGUAAACAAUCCAAAUCUAAGGUUCAACCUCACGGUUUGUACACUCCUCUCCCUAUUCCAUCUCAUCCCUGGACUGAUAUAUCCAUGGAUUUUGUGCUUGGAUUGCCUAGGACUAGAACUGGAAAAGAUUCUAUCUUUGUGAUAGUUGAUAGGUUCUCAAAAAUGGCUCAUUUUGUGGCAUGUCGUAAAACUGAUGAUGCAUCUCAUGUAGCUGCUCUGUUCUUUAAAGAGAUUGUUAGAUUGCAUGGCAUGCCGCGCACCAUUGUCUCUGAUCGUGAUACAAAGUUCCUGAGUUAUUUUUGGAAAACUUUGUGGUCUAAGUUGGGUACUAAGCUUUUAUUUUCUACUACUUGUCACCCUCAAACUGAUGGCCAAACUGAAGUUGUUAAUAGGACUCUUGGAACUUUGUUGCGCGCCUUGAUUAAAAAGAAUCUUAAAAGCUGGGAUGAUUGUUUGCCACAUAUUGAGUUUGCAUAUAACCAUGCUGUGCAUUCUGCUUCUAAGUUUUCUCCAUUUGAAAUUGUUUAUGGGUUUAAGCCCAUCUCUCCUUUGGAUUUGAUGCCUUUGCCUUUGAGUGAAAGAUUAAGCACAGAUGGAAAGCAUAAGGCAGAGACAGUCAAGAGGAUCCAUGAGCAGGCCUAG